CUCUUCUGCACCGGGACUACGGGGACGGCGAGCUUAGCGGGGACGGGGACGAGGACGAGGACGAGGAGACCUUUGAGCUACGGACCCCAAGUCCAGCGGGCGGCGGGAGGGUAAGUCCCAGGGGAUUUGGAGCCUUGUCGCAAUCCCUUGUACUACAACCGACCGCCACGCCUGAUCCUGCUCCAGACUCCAGCCAAACGCUGCCGAGCUCUUGGCGAACUGGGGAUGGGGGAGAUUCUUUGCCUGGAGGCCAGAGCCCCCGGGAGCUCAAGGAGUAGCCCUACUCAGAAUGUGCCUGUGGGCCUCGCGCUGCACACUGGGCGCUGUCCACCUGCUGGGGGCCCUGGGGCAGAGGAGGCGUCACGCGUGGCCCGACCUAGCCUUGCCUCUCCCUUCCCUGCCGGGUCGGCGUCCCAUCCCGUCUCCUUCCGCCUCCGCCAGCGCCAAGGAAUGUGGCGAGGCCGGCUGGGCGGCUCGAACGCCUGGGUCCGCUCUGCUCCCAGUUCAUGAGCUCUAGGGCCAGAUGCGGGAGCUGCCACCGCAGGAGCCUGGGCGAGGGGGGAAAGGCAUCCUAAGACUGGGGUCCGCGGCGAGGACUCCACGGAGUGGGAGCCGGGGGCUCUGGCACUUUGAGAACCUCUCCUUCUUAUCCUGCCGUUCAAGGCAGAACUCUUCGCCUUUCCUGGUGAGGCUCCUGGGAAAUCCUGAGGGAAUGAGUCCCCUGGACGUGACGCUGACCCAGCCGGUGAGGAGCGGGCCGGUCCCGGAGAGGCUGCCGAGCUGGGAAGAGACCUGGAGCCUCAUCCCAGAAAAGGGGCUGCCGGAGGACGACCCAGACGUCGUUGUGAAAGGCUGGCUGUACCGGGAACCCCGGGGUGUAGGGGCGCGGCCAUGGCUGCCCCCACGCCGAGCCUGGUUUGUGCUCACGCGAGACUCCCUGGACCAGUUCAGCAGCAGCGGGAAGGGGGCGAGGCGCCUCGGGAGCCUCGUGCUUACGAGCCUGUGCUCUGUGACUGGCCCGGAGCGAAGGCCUAAGGAGACCGGUCUGUGGUCAGUGACUGUGUCUGGACGGAAACACAGCGUUCGCCUCUGCUCCCCGCGCCAGGCAGAGGCAGAGCGCUGGGGGGGGGCCUUGCGUGAAGUGAUUGCCUCAAAGGCUCCGCUAGAGACCCCCACCCAGCUACUCCUCAGGGACAUACAGGAGAGUUGCGGGGACCCAGAGGCAGUGGCCCUAAUCUACAGGCGGAACCCAAUUCUGAGGCAUACCAGUGGAGCCUUGUAUGCCCCGCUCCUGCCCCUGCCCUAUGAAGUCAGUGCCCCAGGUCCAGGCUAUGCACCUUUGCGAGAGGAGGCAGUGCGGUUGUUCCUGGCACUGCAAGAGCUGGAGGGAGCAAGGCGCCCGGGGCCCCUGAUGCAAGGUGUGCUCCAAACCUGCAGGGACCUGCCUGCACUCCAGGACGAACUCUUCCUGCAGCUGGCUAAGCAGACCUCAGGUCCCGCAGGUCCCCCUGGGCUCCCUGCUACUCAAGACCCUGCUACCCUGCGGUACUGGCAGCUCCUCACUUGCAUGAGCUGCACCUUCCGACCUGGGAGAGCUGUACGGGGGCACCUCCUAGGACAUUUGGAGAGGACCGAGCAGGCACUCCCAAACUCAGAACUAGCAGAAUAUGCACGCUUUAUCCGGAAAGCGCUGUGUCGAACACGUGGCCGAGAACUAGUGCCAUCGCUGGCCGAGAUUUCCGCGCUAAGCAGACGGCAGGAGCUGUUAUGUACGGUGCACUGUCCUGGGGCUGGCGCAUGUCCUGUGGCCAUCGAUUCCCACACAACAGCCGGGGAGGUGGCUCGAGAACUGGUGGGGCGGCUGGGUUUGACCCGGAGCCGUAAUGCAUUUGCGUUGUACGAGCAGCGAGGGGCCCAAGAGCGAGCCCUAGCUGGGGGAACCCUCGUGGCCGACGUCCUCACCAGGUUUGAGAAUUUGGCCUCAGAGGAAGCCGGGCAGGAAGACUCGCCGGACUCCGGGUGGAGACUAUGUCUGCGUCUUCACGGACCUCUACACCCUGAGGGGCUGUCCCCAGAUGGUCACGAAUUGCCUUUCCUCUUUGAGCAGGCUCAUGCUCUGCUGCUGCGCGGCCGGCCACCUCCGCCCGACGACACGCUGCGCGCCCUGGCGGCGCUGCGCCUGCAGAGCCUGCACCGGGACUUCUCCCCGCGGGUGCCCUUGCGUUGUCUGGACCGCCUGCUGCCACCCCCCACCCUGCCGCGCGAAGACCCGCCUCGCCCAGCCCCCAGGCCGCCGCCCUCCGCCGCCCUGCUGGCCGGGGCACUCUGGAGCCCGGGCCUGACCAAGAGACGGGCCGAGCGGGCCCGGCGCGGCAGGACGGGCCACACGCCUGGAAGCGCGGUCCGCGAGGGAGGAGGCAUGGCGGCUGCGGUGCUGGGCGGCUGGAAGCGGCUACGGGGCAUGGGCCGAGCUGAGGCUAUGGCUGCCUACCUGGCUCUGGCGGCGCAGUGUCCGGGGUUCGGCGCUGCUCGGUAUGACGUUCUGGAGCUGAGCACGGAGCCUGGUGGAGGUGCUCCACAGAAGCUAUGCCUGGGCCUGGGAGCCAAGACCAUGUCCCUCUCCAGGCCUGGUGAGACAGAACCCAUCCACAGUGUCAGCUAUGGCCAUGUGGCCGCCUGCCAGCUAAUAGGCCCCCACACUUUAGCAUUGAGGGUAGGCGAGAGCCAGCUCCUCCUUCAGAGUCCCCAGGUGGAAGAGAUCAUGCAGCUGGUGAAUGCCUACUUGGCCAACCCCUCCCCGGAGAGGCCCUGCAGCAGCUCUGUUCCUCCAUGCCAAGACCUGCCAGACAUCUCCCCUCCCAGCCAGCACCAAAGCCUGGACGAGACCCAGGGACAGUCUGGCUGUUUGGGGCAGCUGCAGGACUGAGCCUGCCAAGAGGUCACGACUUUUCUUCUGCCUUCAGCCUGGGCCAGGACUGCUCUGAGAUUUGAGGAAACCAUGGACCUUUCUGGCCCUGCAGGGACAGGGUGCACCCACACCGAAGGGCUGCAAUGGGUGUGGACAAUUUUCUAGUUUGUUUCUUAAUUUAUUUGUAGAAGAGAACCAAAAAAAAAAAAUCCUUAUUUACACAAA